AUGGCUGCUAAGUCUGAUCCCGCAGUGACGCGUGUCACUGUCAUACUUAACACACCUGACGACUGGUUUACCUGGUUGUUCAUUCGCCAAGACGUUGCCAACCGCUACAGUCUCUGGCAGUACAUUAAUCCUGACACGACCGAGAGUCUUACUGAUGGGAAUGUGAUCAAUGGGAGCGCCGCCGCUCUGAACAUCAGCAAGACAAUUGCUGUACGCCACAUCCACCUAAUCAAGGAUCACGAGACACCCUACAACCAACUGGUCGCUCUUAAGAAGUUCCUUUGUCCAACUGACGCAACUCGCCGCUGCGAGCUUGCUGACAAGUACAACACUCUCAAGACUGCUCCACGAGCUGCAAAGAAGGUCGAGCAAUGGCUCACUGACUGGGUAUACAUCACAGCCCAAGGCAAAUCAAUCACGCUGCCGGAAACUGACGGCAACUGA